GGAAGAGGGGGGGGGGAGAGAAAGAGAGAGGGACGGAGAGAUUGAGAGAGAAGGAGGAAAGGAAGGAAGGAGGCUGAGACUCUUGGAGAGAUUUGGAGACGCCGAGUUGGGCGCUCGCUCCCGCGGUUCUCGCGCAUGGAAGCCGGCUGGGGGYCCCCCCUCGMCUCCUUCCAGCCCAAGCUUGAAGCACAUGGAGCCCUAAAAGCCGGAGGAAGAGCAAAAGAGGGGAAAAGAUCCGAAGCCAAGCCUUCCCGGAGCCUUCCAGCUCGCCUCUCCAAAUUGCGUUUUUACGCACGAGAAGGAGUCGCGCUUUUACGCACGGGAAGGAGCCGCUCUUUUACGCGCGCGAUCCCGACCCCCGAGAGGCCAUGAAGCCGCCCCAAACCCCCCACUGACGGCCCGGCAGACCCUUCCCCAUCCUCAGAGAGCGAUGGGGAAACUUCACUCCAAACACGCCGCCGUUUGCAAACCCCGAGAGAGUCCGGAAGGUGACAGCUUUGCCGUGAAUGCCUCCCUGGCACGCAAAGGACUGGAGGACUGGAUGGUGAGCAAGAAGCACUCUGGCGGAAGCAGUGCUAGCCUCGGAUUGGGGCAAGGUUGCCAGCACCGAGCUCUCGGCAGGUUCGCAGGCUCCAGGGAUGCAUCUGGUGAAGGUUACCGGGAGUCCAUUGAAAAUGAACACUUUCAUCUAGAAGUGGCUUUGCCUCCGGAGAAGACAGAUGGAGUUUGCAGUGGUGAUGAAAAGAAAAUGGAAAAGGAGAACGACACACGCGGCGGUGCCAAGAAGCAGCUAAAAUUUGAAGAAUUGCAGUGUGAUGUGUCCGUUGAGGAAGACAACAGGCAAGAAUGGACUUUCACGCUGUAUGACUUCGACAACAAUGGGAGGGUCACACGUGAGGACAUUACUAGCUUGCUUCAUACCAUCUAUGAAGUAGUUGAUGCUUCGGUCAAUCACUCUCCAAGCUCUAGCAAAACCUUGCGGGUAAAGCUCACCGUGGCCCCAGAUGGGAGCCAGAAAAAGAAAAGUAUCCUACUGAACCAUGCCGAUCUCCAAAGUUCAAGACACCGAGCAGAAAGCAAAGGCAAUGAAGAACUAAGGAACUGUGAAAAGAGACAGAGGGGUUCCCUCAGGUACCACCAUGGUGAGGCCAAGCUUGAACAUAAUGGAUGCUAUCGUCAUUGUGUGGAUGAAAACAUUGAAAGGAGAAACCACUAUUUGGAUCUUGCAGGCAUCGAAAACUAUACGUCCAAAUUUGGACCAGGCUCUCCACCUGUGGCUCAGAAACACAACCCACCCGUCCGCGUUUCCAAUCAAACACGUUCCCGUUCCCAUGAGCCUGAAGUCUUCCAUGCCCACCAGCGCAGAUCUCCAGCAGCAGAUCCUGGCCAUGUCAGCUUAAUGGAAGCUUCCUAUGCAAAGCUUGCAGAAAUCCAGCAGCGUCUGCGGAAUCAAGAGGCAAACAGGCACUUUGUGAAGUCUCCCAAGGCUCAGAGCAAAACCACAGCCUCGGUUAACACGGGAAGGGCCGUACGGAGUAAACCCAUCCAAGGGGCAUCUGUACCGAUGGCUUCCCCUACCGGGCGGGUUGGUCCAAACCUUCCUUACCUGCCCAUGCAGUCCCAGCAGACUUACAAGAAACACAAGCAGCGAGCAAAAGAGACUCACCAAGUCUGCAAGACCUUCCCGCCUCCCGGAACAGUCCUGGAGAAAGAACAUGUCAGAGACCUGCCUGCGGUCAUCUUGUAUGAAGGCCAAGUGGGACAGAUGAUUCAGAGACACGAACACCACCAUCACCAUGAACAUCACCACCACUACCACCACUUCUACCAGACAUGAAGUGGACUCGCCACCGCCGCCUGCUAAAGGACCAUCCUAUAUGAAGGAAGCUCUUUGCCGUCGCUCGGGAAGAACAGCGUCGUUUUCAUUAACAUUGUGGCUACUCCGUUAAUAUUCGCUAGCACCUAUUGUAGGAGUUAUAUGGAAACACUAAAGUUAAUUAUAAUGAUGAUAAUAAUAAUAAUCUAACACUA